CGAACGUGUGUGUGAGUGUCUGGAGUGCUCUCCUUGCUGUCGGGGCCAUGGAUCUACGCUGCCGAUGAUUCGACGCUGCAGAGUGGUACUCAAGGAGAGAGCGCACAUCUUCCGACUGCCCGGAUCUCCUCAACAGCACAUCGACGAAGCAUUCAGAAGCGCCGGUGCCCGCAAUAUGACCGACGCAGCAACGGAGUCGAAGCUGAGAGGUGCAGAUGAGAAGAAAUGACUCAUGACGACGGUGUCAUUACUGUGUCUGUUCGUGCAUAAGUGUGCGCAGGGUGCGUGGUGGGCUCGCUGGUUGCGGACGCUGCUGGGAUGCCUUGCCACUGGGUGUAUCCCAAGCUGCACAAGCCCACCUAUGAGACCAUGAUCAGCGAGCAUCCUGAUGGGGCGUUGGAGUUCUCGACCACAACAUACAACCCGUUUUAUGGUCAGCGGCUUGGCGGAUACGUGGCAGGAGUGACUGGUCAACCAUUGUGAUUGUGUGUAUUUGUGUAGUUCUGCCUGUCGGCGACUUCUCAGGUGUGCAGUGGCCGCUCUGAUGGCCGAUGGGUGUAUGUGUUUCCGUCUGUUUGUCUGUCUGUGUGUGUGUGUGUGUGCGCGCGCGCGCAGGUUAUGGCGACCAGAGCUACGUGUUGCUCAAGAGCCUGGUGGAAGCGAAAGGAUGGAACAAGGUACGUGUGCCAAUCAAUGUCGAACAACGUCUCACAGGCACUCAACGGUCUCUUUCUCCCUCUCUGCCUGUGUGUGUGUGUGUGUCAGGAAGUGUACAAGAGGCUGUUAUACGAGCAUUUUGGCCCCGGCAGCAAGUACGAGCCGUCAACUAUGGCGACGGACAGCUACGAGCACGACGGCAAGACGGCCCAGAAGAUCCCCGUGCACGUGAGUGUUCUAUCGCGAGUGGUGGAGUAUGUCGUCACACGAUUCAUUGUGAAGCGCAGAAAGGUAGACAGACAGACAGACAGACAGACAGACAGACAGAGAGGUCGAUGUGUGAACAUCUACAUAUCAUGCACUGAGAUGGCCACACCCACACAGACAGAGAGAGAUCGCUCUUUCUUCGCCUGUGUCUUUUGCACCCCACCCAAAUCCACCAGGGCGGCUGGCGGCACGCGUCCAUCAAGGAGUUCCUGAAGCGCUACGGCGAGAGCGCAUCAGUGACCGGUCUGGCCAAGGACGCCCAGAUGGACGGCGUGGCCAAGGUGGCGCCCAUGGUGGCUCUCUACGCCGGCAAGCCGGAGCUGCUGACGGCCGUGGAAGAGAUGGUGCGCGUCACGCAACAAGACCCAAUCGGUAUGGAUGGAUGGAUGGAUGGAUGGCUGGACACCAGGCCCUGCACAAUGAAACACGUGUGUGUGUGUGUGCCUUUGUCAGCUGUGGAGUGCGCCAAGACGGCUGCCCACAUCAUGGAGCGCAUCUUGCUGCAGGGCACGGGCGAUGAUGUGCCGUCUAUCAUGCCGGAUCUGUUGCGCGAGGCCGACGAGGGGCUGCCAGACGGAGAGGCCACGACCAAACUGAAGAGGGGCCUGAAAGAGGUCAGACAGACAGACAGACCGACAGACUGGCGGGGAUGAGCGUGUGUCUGGUGGGUGGAUGCUGCUUCCUCAUCUGCAGGUUGUGUCCUCCCUGGAUGAGCCGUACGCCACCUUUGCCGUCAGAGAGACUGUUGGCCUCUCGUGUGAGCACGCAGCCAUACACACACCCAUCCGUCCAUCCAUUCAUUCAUUCAUUCAGCAACCUGUCCGUGCGUGUGUGUAGGUACGGUGCCCAACAACCUGAUCAACUCUCUCCACUGCUUUGCCACCGCCACCGCCACCGCAACGCUGUCAUUCGAGCGCGUCACUCGUGCGACCAUGAAGGCUACCGGCUGCACCUGCUCGCGGCUCCUUUUCCUGGGCGCGUGUGUGGGUGCUGCAAAGGGCGAGGUGGCUGUGCCUGACGGGUGGCUGGCCAAGACCACCAGAGGCGAGGAAAUAAGGGAGCUUGCCAGGCAGCUGGUCGACAUGAGAACUUGAAUGUGACGGAUAGCGAGCCGCGAGGGCGGUGCGUUGUAUGUGUGUAUCGUUUGUCUGUCGGCGUGUAUCUAUCGUGUGUGUUUCCUGUUUUUCCAGUUUGUGUGUGGAUUGGCGGAUUGGACAUUAUGAGCGUACGUGCGGACUCCACACACGGGCAUUCAGCAGCAGUGUCCAUCAGACGCAUGGGUGUGCAAAUACACACGCCAUACUAAGCUGCGCAUACGCCACCUAUCGAUCACGCCGUCAGUCUUUCC